GUGGAAAUCAUAAACAUAUAAUAUGUUUAAUCAUCAGCAUCUCUUUCAACAUGGUGUUUGGUGUCAACCAAAGAUGAACGUUAAAGUACCUGAGGCUUCACAAUGCAGUGCAAAGAUGCAAUGGAGCAGGUUUAAAUUCUGCCCUCAAAUGAAAAAAAAAGGCCAGCUUUAACUGAUCACUUAUAGACCAAAGAGUAUCACCAUCCAGACGGAUUAGCACAGGUUCAGUAAACCCUGCACGGGCAAAUUCUAGCAGCAUCUUUGAGAAGAGUGACUGAGAAAAACAAGGUUUGGCAAU